GUCAGGGAAACAAGAGGUGGUGAAGCAAUGAUUGACAAUAUGAGUCAAGGAUUACCCAAGCGCUCUCCCGAACACGGCAGGCAAAUGCGCCCAACACUGCUACUGACUAGUUUGCAAGAUUUUAGUAGCUAAGCAGAAAUGACACACGAUAGAAAAAUGCUCGAUCGAGAAGCCGUACGCUCUGUCAUCCAGCAAUGGAAUGCGAACCGCUUGGAUUUGUUCGCUUUAUCCGAGCCUGACGAGAACCUGCUAUUUCAUGGCGUCAUGCGGUUUUAUUUCCAAGAUGCUGGACAAAAAGUCGCUACCAAAUGCAUUCGUGUGGCCUCUGACGCCACUGUCUCAGAUGUUAUUGAUACCCUAAUCGAAAAAUUUCGUCCCGACAUGCGUAUGCUGUCAGUGCCAAACUACGCCCUCUAUGAGGUACAUGCGAAUGGCGAAGAGCGCCGCUUGAACCCUGACGAAAAGCCUUUAUUGGUGCAGUUAAAUUGGCAUAUCGAUGAUCGUGAAGGUCGUUUCUUGCUCAAGAAUAUUGACCAAAAAACUACGCCAAUCGAACAGUCAGAUAUGAAUUUCAAACGAAAACUUUCUAAGAGGGAAAAGAAAGAACAAAAAAAGAAAGAAAAACUCGCAAAAUUAAAUUCUGAAUCGACAUCUGGCGGCUUUAACGGAGGAAUUGCUAACGAUUGUAGAGAGGGUGAAACUCAAGUGGCUGGAAAACUUUACACCGAACUGCCAGAGACGUCAUUUACUCGUUCGAUUUCCAAUCCAGAAGCUGUUAUGCGUCGGCGACGACAACAAAAGCUUGAGAAGAAGUUGCAGCAAUUCCGAUCACGUGAUGGCGGGCCUGACACCGGUGGGACGCUAAAGAUUUACGGCGAGAGCCUAUGUCAAGAUGUUCCGUACAAAACGUUAUUACUUUCUAUACGCGACUGUGCUCAGGCCGUCGUUCGGGAAAUGUUGUCAAAAUAUGGUCUGGACAAAGCUGAUCCUUUACACUAUUGUUUGGUGCAGGUGAAUAGCGAUGGAACGCAAUACAUUCUCGACGAUGAUGAAUGUCCGCUCUCCAUACUGAUGAACCACCCAACAUCACGAGCCUUUAGUGCACUCUCUUCUACCUGUGUUGGAUCUCAACUAGUGGAGUUCUAUACGAGAGAGCUGGCCUGUAUCUCUGAUCAAUACAAAAUUAUGUCGGUCCCGGGACAUAGGGACAUUUCAGGAAACGAGGCAGUGGACCAACUAAUAAGGUGCGAAAGUUAUCACCCCAAGGCCAAGUAGAGGUCGAACCGUACAAAAUCGUAGAGGUUUACCAGGGUGUCCUGCGACCCACUUAAAACCAAAGCUCUUUUGGAAGCAAGGAAGAUAUCUACAAACUUACUGCAGUAUGCACAGUGCACUGGCCCCUUGGAGUACAUGUUGAAAUUAUUGGAUUUCCCUUCCACAGGUUCUGUCGCAGUUGCGAUGACCCUGGCUCAAAAGCGACAGUCCGAACACUUUCUGUGCGAGUGUGAGGCCCUUAAACACACUCGGCAAGCCAUUCCUGCAGAAUGUUUCAGAGUGCAGCUUCCUAUCUUUGUAUGACGUAUUGGAAUUCAUUACAGCCGCCAAAUGGAAGUAGGUUGCACGAGUUAUGGAAUCAAAAAGGCAAACUUUCUAAUUGCUCCUCACCAGGGUGACAAUCCACUUAAAACAUGCAACCAUUCAUCUGAACCACUAUUAAACUGUCAAUAUUUCUAUGUACACAAGAUCGUAACUGUUUGCUUAAUUAUAAACUAAUUUUAUACAUAAAUACUUAUUUAGGGGAUUCACAAUCGUUAAUCGUCGAUAAACCUUAAGCUUAUCAUUUUUUUAUGUAAAAUAACGGUUAAAAUGGUUUUAGGGGGCGCUAUUAUAUACUUUUUAUCAGUUUAAAAACAUUUCGGUGUAGUUAGAAGUCCUCUAUAACCAUUUCAAUCAUUAUUUUACAUGAACAUGUUAUUUUUGUACCGGCAAUAAAUUUAUUGGAAACAUA